AUGACGACCAUUCGAUCUUCACCUUCUUCCUCUCGUUGUUCCAAUUCGUCUUCCUCUUCUUCUUAUUCACUCGCUUCCACAAGUUUGUCUAACAGACUUGAGACUAUAUUCAAGAAAGCUUCAGAGCUUUGCACUCUCUGUGAUAUCGAAGCCUGCGUCAUCUAUUACGGACCAGACGGAGAACUUAAAACAUGGCCUAAGGAGCGAGAGAAAGUGCGAGACAUUGCUCUGAGGUUUAAUCAAUUAAACGAAGCCUUGAGACACAAGAAAAGCGUUAAUCUUCAUGGGUUCCUGAACAAGAAGAAGAAGAACAAGGGUUUGAAGAAUCCGAACAAGAAGAAGAAGACGAGUCUUAAGAACGUGAAUGUUUUAAAGUAUCCACUCGCUGAUCAUUACUCUCCCGACCAAGUUUCUCAAUUGACUCAGUCCUUAGAACUCAAUGUCUCUAAAUUCCAAGAAAGGCUUCGAUUUCUUGAGUCGCAGAAACAGAAUGAGACAAAACCGGAUCAUCAGAGUUUAACAUCAAUAUCUUCUCUGAACCAAUCUUUGAACCCUAGCCAGUUCUCGCUGUUUAUGUAUAACCAUGGAUAUAAUACUCUGUCUCAGAUCCCAGUCUCUGCAUCAAAUUUCAAUCAGGAUUAUAUCUCAGCGUUACUUGAACAAUCUGAGUUGAAGAGUCAGAUAAUGAAGCAGGAGGUUUGUGGUUAUGAGCAGAACAUGUGCAUGAGUAACCAUGGAGAUGCUACGCUCUCUCAAAUCCCAUUCUCUGCAUCAAAUUUCAAUCAAGAUUUUUCAGCCAACAACAACUUCCAACAUUCUUUUGUCUCAAACACACAAGAUUACUACUCUGUUCAAAAAUCUGUGAAUAACAACUAUGGGUUGAAGAAUCAGUUAAUGAAGCACGAUCUUUGUGGUUAUGAGCACAACAUGUGCAUGAGUAACCAUGGAGAUGCUACCUUCUCUCAAAUCCCACUCUCUGCAUCAAAUUUCAAUCAAGAUUUUUCAGUCUCAAUACAAGAAGAAUCUGGCUUGAUGCAGCAGGAGCUUUGUGGUUAUGAUCAGAAUCAGAACAUGAGCAUGGGUGACAUCACAAACAACAAUUUUCAAGUUACUUGCGCCUCAGUACUAGAAUCUGUGAACAACUUUGGGUUGAAUCAGUUGAUGCACAAGGAGUUUUAUGGUUGUCAUCAAAACAUGUCUAUGGGUAACAUCAAUAACAACAGCUUUCAACAUCCUUGGGUCUCAAACGCAGACCAUACUCGGCGGUACAAGAAUCUGUGAACAACUUUGGGUUGAAUCAGUUAAUGCAUGCAGCAUGAACUUUACGGUUACGGUUAUGCAGACUUUUGUUAAUUUCUUAUGA